AUGUCUGAAGAAAUGUUAUUGAAUUUGUUCUCUAGACUGGAUAAAAGUGGUGAUGGUAUACUCUCAAAAGAAGAAUUAAAACAAGGAUUACGAUCAUCGGGAGUUACAGAGAACGCAGUAAAUAAACUUAUAGAAAAGCUCGAUUUAAAUUUUGAUAAUAAUAUUACAUAUGAAGAAUAUAUACAAGCUAUACGUCAUGGAAAUAAAUAA